AUGGCGGUUCUCCACGAUGGAAGCUGCACCCCGCUAUGGGCAGGGGUGCCUGGAAUUGCAAUCGUCGCCUUUGCAGAAAACGCUCGCGUUGAUCGCUGGAGCCUAUUCGCUUGCCUGGGACGCGCCCGCAUGGCUCUUAUCCAGGCUUGGCAGAGACACGACGAGAGCGUUGGUUCAGGAGACGAAAUCGAAAGUUGGAUUGGAUCAUUCGAUUUUGAGUGA